ACUUUUCUUCAAACUCUCUCUCUCUUCAACAAGAAGAAGUAAACCAGAGAUAAGAAAGAUUCUGUCUCUACCAAACCCCAUAAACUCCAUUGUUCUGUAAUAGAGAGAGAGAGAGAGAGAGUUAAACCCUAAAAGAAACAAUGAAAACUCCAAAAAACCCCAUCUUCCACUUGUGUCUACUCCUCCUCUUAGCUUCAACCUCACUCUUCAUCACAACAACAAGAGCUAAAUCAACCAUAGAGCCAUGCUCAAGCAACGACACCUGCAACUCCUUACUCGGCUACACACUCUACACAGACCUCAAAGUCUCGGAAGUAGCCUCCCUCUUCCAAGUAGACCCAAUCUCCGUCCUCCUCGCCAACGCCAUCGACAUCUCCUACCCAGACGUCGAAAACCACAUCCUCCCUGCAAACCUCUUCCUCAAAAUCCCAAUCCUUUGCUCCUGCGUCGACGGCAUACGCAAAUCCGUCUCCACGCACUACAAGACCCGACCUUCGGACACUCUUGCCUCCAUCGCAGACUCUGUCUACGGAGGCUUGGUCUCUUCCGAGCAGAUCCAGGAAGCUAACUCGGUUAACGACCCUUCGUUGCUUGAUGUCGGGACGAGUCUUGUUGUCCCCUUGCCUUGUGCUUGCUUUAACGGGAGUGAUAAUUCGUUGCCGGCGGUUUAUUUGUCGUAUGUGGUGAAGGGUGUGGAUACGUUGGCGGGGAUAGCGAGGAGGUAUUCGACUACUGUUACGGAUUUGAUGAAUGUGAAUGCUAUGGGUGCUCCUGAUGUUAGUGUCGGUGAUAUCCUCGCUGUUCCUUUGUCAGCUUGUGCUUCUAAUUUUCCCAAGUAUGCUUCGGAUUACGGAUUGAUUGUUCCAAAUGGUAGCUACGCUCUAGCUGCAGGUCAUUGUGUGCAAUGCAGCUGUGCGCUUGGGAGCCGCAGUUUGUAUUGUGAGCCAGCUUCAUUAGCCGUAUCUUGCUCAAGUAUGCAAUGUAGAAACAGCAACCUCAUGCUCGGUAACAUCACGGUCCAGCAGAGUAGUGGUGGCUGUAAUGUAACAACUUGUGAUUACAAUGGUUUCGCCAACGGCACCAUCUUGACAAUGCUGUCUAAAUCUCUACAACCACGAUGUCCCGGGCCACAACAAUUUGCACCGCUUCUAGCUCCACCAGAUACUGUACCUAAGGAUCUAAUGUAUGCACCAGCGCCUUCACCGGAUUAUGAUGGUCCAGGAUCAAUAGCAGCUUCACCAGGAUCGUCUGUGAUUCCUCCAGGUGGUGGUUCUUUCUCAGGUAACCCUGCUAAUGGUCCAGCUGGAAGCAUCUCAACCGCCACUGUCUCCUCUUUUAGCUACUUCUUUAUCAUGUGUGUCAUCUCCAUCUCCUUUGUCUUGUCAUGUUGAUUCAUCAACAACAACAAUUUGUUUAUUUUCCCUCCGCAUUAAAACUCCUGUGUGAGAAUGAAUUCUUGAUGAGUAAAACCGAAACACUCUUUAUUUAUUAUCUUAAGUUUGUGUCUCGCAG